AUGAAGAAGCAGAAGAAAGAACAAAAGAUCCCUGAUUUGCACACGAUCAAAGACACAAAAUCGCUUUUCAAACAUGCUGUCGCGAGUCAGCUAUCAAAGAUAGUAACACGGUAUACAGAAGCACAACUACUGCGGUUCAUUGAGACACCAAAAAGCACAGCAUAUGGUCAAUUUGCCUUGCCUCUGCCUAAACUAAUAGCACAAUGUACUAAUCCCGACGAGGAUGGCAACAAUCCUCAUCCAUCCCAAUGGUGCCAAGAGCUUGCUAAAAAGUUCAAACCCGACUCUAUGAUAGAAAGAGCCACACCCGUGGGCGUGUUUCUGAACUUUGAGGUUCAGCCAAUUGAAUAUAUUAAAUAUACUCUCCUUCAAGUUUUUAAAGAAAAAACUCGUUAUGGAUGGUCUUUGUCAAAUACGGGCACAGUUUUGAUCGAUUAUAGCUCUCCGAAUAUUGCAAAGCCUUUUCAUGCUGGCCAUCUGAGAAGUACAAUUCUUGGUAACUACCUGCGAAGAAUUCAUGAGGCCAUGGGCUAUCAAGUAAUAGGAAUAAAUUAUCUCGGUGAUUGGGGAAAACAAUAUGGCCUGUUGGCUGUUGGGUUUGAGAAAUAUGGCAAUGAAGAUGAAUUAGAAAAGGAUCCCAUAAAACAUCUUUAUAAUGUCUAUGUUAAGAUCAAUGAGGAUAUGAAAACUACACCUGAGAUAGAUCAACAGGCCGGACAUUACUUUAAGCGCAUGGAGGAUGGAGAUGAAAAGGUUCUCGAGCAAUGGAAACGGUUCAGAGAAUUGAGUAUCGAAAUGUACUUGCCGGUGUAUAGACGCCUUGGCAUCAGCUUUGAUGAUUAUUCAGGAGAGUCAAAGACCGAACCAUACAUUGCAAGGAUUUAUCAACUGUUGGAAGAAAAGAACAUUGCAAUAAAACUGGAUGAUGGUGCAUGGGUUGUCGACCUUGAAGAAUACAAACUGGGCCGACCUAUUAUUAAAAGAGCAGACGGCACUAGUCUUUACUUGACUCGCGACUUGGCAAGCGUUUUACUGCGGAUGGAGACCUACCCAUGCAACAAGGCAUUCUAUGUCGUCGGAACUGAGCAAGAGCGUUACCUGAAGCAAGUAUUUACCAUUAGCCGGCUGAUUUGGGGAGAAGAGCUACCUGGCUUGUACCAUAUUGGGUUUGGCCGUAUAAAUGGCAUGUCAACUCGUCAAGGAACAGCUGUAUUUUUACAGGAUAUUCUGGAUACGGCUCAGAACAAAAUGCUGUCGAUUAUGCAAGAAGAGGACAACAAGGAUAAGUAUGCGGAUAUUCUUAAGAGAGGUGUUCAGACUGAUGGCGUGACGUAUGAAGGGGAAAGAGCAGCAGAAUAUAUCGCUGAUCGACUGGGUACCUCGGCAGUCAUUGCACAGGAUAUGUCAGGACGGAGGAUUAAAAAUUAUGGAUUUUCAUGGGACCGUAUGAUUGACGCACGUGGAGAUACGGGUGUAUUUCUGCAGUACACCCAUGCGCGUGUGUGCGGUAUUGAGCGAAAAUGCUCUGUCCGAGUGACCGAUAAUUGCAACUUUGGAUUGCUAAAAGAAAAAGAAACAUUUGAAUUGGCACAGAUGAUAUCCCAUUUUCCUAGUGUGGUUCAGAAUUCAUUUGAUAACCUUGAACCCUCUACCCUGGUGUCAUACCUCUUUAAACUCGCCCAUCUUAUCAGUCAGUCCAAUUACACACUCAGGGUCAAAGGCAUGGAUCUUCCAUUGGCAGAAGCAAGAAUGCUAUUGUUCUGGGCCGCAAAAACAACUCUCGGAAAUGGACUUCGAUUGGUUGGAAUAGAACCAUUAGAGCGCAUGUAGAAUAAAGAAGAAAACACAGUGUACAAAUGUUGAUAUUUUUAAGACUCUUAAAAUACUUUAUUUAUUUAUUUUAUUAAAGAAAAAGUAUUUCGACCCAAUAC